GCCCGGGCUCCGGCGCAGCCACGUGGGCCUGCUGCUGGAGCGGUUCUCCGGCGGCCCCGCGGCGGCGGGCGCCGCCAGCGGCGCGGGCGCCGACCGCAGGUUUGUCACUGCCGCGCUGACGAGGGCGGCCCCGCGCAUGUCAGCGCUGCAGCUGCUCGACACGCUCGGCGUCGCCGCGCGCCUGCGGCUGUCGGCAAGCGUGACCGCGGUGGUGCUGCCGCGCCUGCAGCGCGGGCACCCUGCCGCAGACAUCCAGCG